CACUGGCACUGCAUAGAGGACGGAGGACGCACAAAAGUAGAAAGAAGAUGGAAGACAAAGUCAUUGUUUCAGUUUGUGCUCGUCCAAUCCUGUACGACACCACGAUGGUGUCGUACAGAGAUCGAAACAAGAAGGACCUGGCGUGGGUCGAAGUGGGCGAGGAGACUGGGCUUCCUGUGGACGUAUGUCGCAGAAAGUGGAAGUCUCUGAGGGACAGAUAUAUGAAGGAGAAAAGGAGUGAGAAGGAGGCAAAAAAGAGCGGGUCAGCGGCAGGUACAUCAAAGAAGUGGAAGUUCUUUGUGGUCCUGUCCUUCCUCGACCCAUUCGUCACCCCGAGGGAGACCACUAGCAACCUUCCUCGGGUGGCAGAGGAUGAGAUCGAGGAUGACGGGGCUGCAGAGACUUCGCUGUCUGGGGCAGGAGAGGCAUAUGAGGAGUGCGAUGAGGCAGCAGGGCUAUCGCACAAUGCAGAUCAGCCGUCAGUGAGUGACUCUGACACUGACGAUGCCUCUGCUGCCCCUGUCCCUGCCGCUGACCCUGCCGCUGACCCAAGACCACCGGGCGGGACGAAGAGGAAGAAUGCCAGGAGGGUACCGUGCGGGAGCACCCCAAUACAAGAGGCCAUCCUCCAGGCCCUGCAUAUGGAGGCUGCCCAGACCCCCCCACCACCCCCCCCACCCCAGCUCUCGGAGGACGCAUUCUUCCUCCAGAGCAUACUUCCUUCCCUGGAGAGAUUGCCACGCCAAGCUUGUGCUGAGUUGAAAUUUGAAAUUCACAAGCUCGUAGUUGAAGCCACAAGACGCACUAAUUUGGAACCCAUAUAAUUAUUAAAUAUGCUCAUGCUUAUUUGCAACAGUGGUGGUGACAAUCUCUCCAGGGAACGAACUGGGCUGCUGUGACUAAAAAAUAAGCUGUUUGUGAGAAAGGUAGUUAGUGAGGUAAAUCCUUUCUCACAAACAGCUUAUUUUUUAGGAAGAUGUUAAUGUUCUUGUUCUUGUGUUCUGUUUUAAAUUUAUAAUAUAUUGUUCUAUGUUGUUUUGUUAGUCGUUUUGUACAUAAAAUAUUUUUAAUAACU